UUUUUUUACUCCCUCUCCCCAACUUAAACAAUACCCUGCUGCUGCUGCCAGGGGAGUGUGUGUGUAUAGCUUUAAGAAAGAGGCGGAUGACUGAGAAAUGACGCAGGAAUGUUAAUGAGUAACUUGAAAAAAAAAAAAGUCUUCCUCAGUGCACCAUGUGUGGUAACAGGCUUGGCUGCCACACUAUUUAAACAGAGGGUAUACUAAGGAACAAGGAGAAUGAAUAGGAUCAAACAGGGGAUGCUCUAUCAAUGAGAACACAGGCUGUCACCUUAGAGAACCCCAAGCAAAAAAGAAAUCACUGACUUGAAACCUAUUUUGAGGCAGAAAAUCCCCAAAAAAGGAAAAAAAAAAAAAGAUAAAAAUAAUAAUAGUUAAGAGUAAAUUGUUAAGAGUUUUUUUUGAAUUCUCUGUAUAGGGGAAUUGAGGCUUUAUAGAGGCAGCCAUCCCAGGGGGAGUAGGUGCACAGUUUCUUUUUUUUAUGGUGGUGGUUUUGCACAUUUUCUGGCAUUUUUUGGAAGGAUGUCCUCUAUCCUCUUGUUAAGCUUGAUGGUGACUUUGGUUAUUUUAGCCAAAAGCAACCCGGUGGAUGAAGACACAGUGAAUAUGCUAGUGCUGUUACCUAAGGAUAACUCCUAUAUGUUUUCAAUGGAUAGGGUGAGACCUGCCGUUGACCAUGCCCUGCGGUCCAUUCAGGAGAACCAGACCCUCUUGCCAGGCAUGCACUUUAAUGUCAUUUAUAAUGACUCUGACUGUGGCAACCAGGCACUGUUCAGCCUGAUAGACAUAGCCAUGCAGCUGCAGAAACCUGACGUGAUUCUUGGUCCUGUGUGUGAGUAUGCAGCAGCCCCCGUGGCUAGACUUGCCUCCCACUGGAACGUCCCAAUGCUCUCCGCUGGGGCGCUGGCAAUUGGCUUCAUGCAGAAGUCCAACGAAUACUCGCACCUCACCAGAGUGUCGCCAGUCUACUCCAAGAUGGGAGAGAUGUUCCUGGCCAUGUUCCGCUACCACAAGUGGACCAAGGCUUUUCUCCUCUACACUGACGACAAUCUGCAGCGGAACUGCUUCUUCACCUUGGAAGGGGUCCACCUCGCCUUUAAGGAGGAAGGCUAUGCCAUGUCUAUCCACAACUUUGACGAGACGAAACAUGUGGACGCGGAGGAAAUCGUGCACUCCAUUCAGAAUAAGGAGAGAGUUGUGAUAAUGUGUGCUAGCAGUGACACGGUUAGGAACAUCAUGUUGGCCGCCCAUCGGCAAGGAAUGACGAAUGGAGAUUACGUCUUCUUCAACAUUGAACUCUUUAAUAGCUCCACCUAUGGAAAUGGCUCCUGGAAGAGAGGAGACAAGUACGAUCUUGAAGCCAAGCAAGCGUACUCAUCCCUCCAAACAGUCACACUACUCAGGACAGUGAAACCUGAGUUUGAGAAGUUUUCCAUGGAGGUGAAAAGUUCUGUUCAGAAGCUGGGACUCAAUGAGGAUGAUUACGUGAACAUGUUUGUUGAAGGAUUUCAUGAUGCAAUUAUUCUCUACGCUCUCGCGUUGCACGAGCUCCUGAAGAACGGCUUCAGCAAAAAGGAUGGCGAAAAACUAGUACAACAGAUGUGGAACAGAACAUAUGAAGGCAUUGCCGGGCAGGUGUCUAUCGAUGCCAACGGAGACAGAUACGGGGACUUCUCUGUGAUUGCCAUGACGGACAAAGAAACGGGUACACAGGAGGUUAUUGGCGAUUACUAUGGAAUCCAAGGACAUUUUGAAAUUCGGCCAAACGUAAAGCCGCCUUGGGGGCCUGGAAGGCUACUAAUAAACGAAAGAAUUGUAGAACAUCCAAGUACAACUCCUUGUAAGUCAUCAGGUGGCCUUGGAGAAUCCGCAGUUACAGGCAUCGUUGUUGGAGCCUUUUUAGGAACUGGACUCUUAAUGGCAUUCUACUUUUUCAGAAAGAAAUACAGAAUAACUAUCGAAAGACGAAAUCAGCAGGACGACUGCAACCUAGGGAAACACCGACAGCUUCGGGAAGAUUCCAUAAGAUCUCAUUUUUCUGCGGCAUAAAGAAUAGAAAACAAACAAAAAUCUUUAGGAAGAAGCAACCAAAGACAUCAUUACGUGUGAUGGGGUUCUUGCAGAAGCUAUUUUUUAAGGCAGUAGAAUCUUAUUUCCAUUCUCAUAUUGUUUUCAGAAACUCAGGAAUGAUCGAUUAAUUGCAUUAUGCCAUGUGGCCUUUCAUCUUGUGAAAAACGGGCACGGUUUGACAAGGUUAUUACGAUCUGUGCGUAGAAAUCAUUGGGCGAUGUGUGUCGGACAAAGAUAGGCACUUUUUUAAAAAAAAAAUAAUGUUCCUUUUCAACAUGUUUGUCCAGAGCUUCAUAGGAAAAACAAACCCAAAUUGGCACACAUAGUUAACACUGAAAUUAUUUUUUUCGACACUGAAAAUUUUUGCAGAAGGAAAGGUUGUUGGAAUGCAACCGCGCAAUUUUGAUUUGAUAGUGCGCAACCUUGGCAGGUACUGGCAGCAGUACGGGUUGUAUUCACUCCCAUACAGUAGACGUUGUGCGGAAGAGUUAAAACGAGCACGCCGGGCCAUUAAACCCAAAGCCUCUGCACGGAAUAUACCAUUCACGUAUCUUAUUUCUGCUAUGAAUUCUCGAGGUCGAUGGGUUAAAAAUACCUGUUUUUGCCAAAGUACACUGAAGAGUUCAUGUUGACUCUGGCGAGCUGAAAGCAAACACAAUGAAGCAUUGAUGCAAAUGAAUCUGUCCAUCUUGUUGAAUUUUUCUGGUUUGCUCAAUCUUGAUACGGCUUAACCUGCGGCAUGACAGAUCGGCUGUAUGUUUCAGGGUCAAGCUUGAGUGAACACAGGCAUUGACUGUAAUCCUGUGGAAAUGUAAAUGCUUUACCUUAGAAUGAUUUUUUAGUUCUGCUGCACAAUCUAUCAUGAGAUUUAUAGUGUCUAGAUGUUAUUUAAUAUUGAAAUUGCAUUAUAUAGUCAUUCUUCUUAC